GAAGGUUCUAUAUUCUACCAGGCUGGGUCAUCGCAGCCCUCUACAGCGGCUGCUUGCUGGGCUUCAUGUACACCAAACUAUCGUGACUGAGACACACCAACUCAUACAAGAAUUCUGCUUUUUGUGAACUUGUCGAAGGUUAAGGAAAGCCAGGAUUCUAGGGUUAAAUCCUGUGUAGGCUCUGUCAGUCAUCAGGACACAGCAGCAUUCAGAGGAUAACAGGAAACAGCAAUGGAGGGAAAGAGUAUUGUUAUUGUGUCAUUUCUGUGGAUGCUGCCACUGGGACUGAAUGGCACAGUGACACUUCAGCCUAACCACCACUCUACCAACUUCAGGAGCAGUGAGGUUAAUGCAACUUCAGACAAUAAAGUUUCACCCUUAGAAAUGGCACAAGAGCACCUCAACAAUGCACUGGAUGAAGGACACCAUAGCACCGUAGCACCUUCAGUUGAGUUGAAGCUCACAGUGAAGAGUGAACCACAGACUUCAGAACAGGUGUCGACCAGAUACAUUCUCAGCUCGGAUCGGCCUUCAAUCCAGCCUUUGAGUACGAGCACAAAGAGGAACUCCCAGUCACCUCAGGACCGCCAAACAACCAGAUAUAAAAACAACUCCACGGUGAAGAUCACAGCAGAUGGAACCGAGGAAACUUCACCCACUAUGUGGAAUCAACCUCUGUUAAGGCGAGUUACACCCUCCAGCAAGGAUGAAGUAAGUUCAACAGCAUCACCUAGACCUUCUGUGUUGUCCACUCAAACAACCUCACCGACACCAAAUCAACCAACAGAGCCUACUUCAUCCAAUCUUCCGACGUCGCAGUCCAACGACUCCACAGAGAGGUACCGACCCACGCCAACUGGUGUUGGAUUUGGAGUGACACCGACUAGAGCGGAAUUUACUUUGAACACAGGUGGGGAGGCUCAACCGCCCAGCACCCCCUCCCAGGCCCCAGUCACAAGCAGGAGAUCAACCCCUUCACACCCCACUGAAAGAGGUCCAACAGGCCCAUCUGAGCUGCCUAGUGUUGCCACUUCACCCACUACCCUACCUCCCUCUACAGCCAUGACCAAAUCUUCAACCCACGUCUCAACUCCAUUGACGUCGACCCAGCCUGCCAAGACCCUUGCCACCACUGCAGCCUCUGUUACUGCUAGUAUUGCCGUUACUAGCACCACGGGCCAAUCCACACCAAUUGUCCUCACUGAAAAACAAGUCGCCGCUGCCACCACCACGGCAAAAAAGAAACCAAUGCCUCCUCUGACAAAAACUGCAAACAAAGAUGAGAGCAAAAAGACGGGGAACCAUGGCACAGUGGUGGCUGUGCUGAUUGGUGGGACGCUGGUUCUGAUGCUGGUAGGUUUCGGGGUCAUCUUCGUGAGGAAGCGCAUACAGCAGAGGAUGCAGCUGCAGAAUACAACCUGGGCCGGCCCCUCUCCGUUACUGGACGGUGGAGUCCAGUCUGAACUGGGUAAUGAUGAUAGCAGUGACGUCCACCUGAGGGGCUCCAAUCGGAUCUCCUCCUCUGGCUUCCUGUCUCAGCGGCUCUCCAUGAGGUUGUCUCUGCUCCAGGAAACUGACAAGGAAUUCCUGAUGGGUGAGAUUCCGGCAGGAAGUACAUUCGGAAGAGAGACGGUUUCAGAUGAUGUUAAACCGAGCAACGGGACUGCUGCGGUGAACAAAGAAAAGACCCAGACUGAAGAGGUGCAACUUCCGGACAACUCCUCAUCUCCUCCUCCACCGACGUCUUCAGAGACCACUGCCACAGCACCCACCCAUGACCAUCAGCCUCCUUGCAAGGUUGUUGAUCUGGGGCCAGACAAUGCUCCCAAUUGCUCUUCCUCUCCCUCUCGUAUGCCACCAGAUAUCCCAGAAGCUGUUCCUCCACCACUGUUGGAUGUUUACCUGCGUCCCCCCUCAGACCAGGCCAGCCCCCCUCCACCAGAGAGCACAGACUACCUUUACCCGUCUCCAAGCAGUGACAGAUAGCAACACACAGGAAACCCACUCUCCUCCCCCUCCACCCAACAAAGGAAACCACUCACACCAAAAAACGUAUCUCUAACUGAUGCUUAUAAGCGUUUCGCUUCCUCUAUCUAUACCUCUUAUCUGAUUAAACAUUCCAUGAAAUGGAUUUUCAACUAGGCCUAUAGCCUGCCUGCAUGUGGCAAGUGAACAUUCUUAGAGCAUAAGUCCAGUCACUGCAAAAAUCUACCCAGGCUGAAACAUUCAAUGGGCAAAAUGGUGAGAGAGGAAGUUCUAAAAAAGAAAUGAAACGAGAGGGUGAAUUACAUAAUUAAACUGAGGAACGAUAGAUAGAAAGGGAUGGCAUGAAUGUGAAAA